AUGAGCGGGGCGCACCCGAGGGCGGCGGCGGCGGCGGCGGGCUCGGCUUCUUCGUCGUCGUCGUCGUCGUCGUCUUCGUCCUCCGCGGGCGCGGGCAAAGAGGAGAAGAAGAAGGCGGGCGGCGGGGUGCUGAGCAGGCUGAAGGCCCGGAGGCCGGGCCCGGGCCCGGGCCCCCUGCCCGUCCCCGUCACCGAGCAGGAGCUGCUGGCCCUCGACGCCAUCAGCCCCGAACACGUCCUGCGCCUCGGACGGGUCACCGACAAUUAUCUAUGCAAGCCCGAAGACAACAUCUACAGUAUUGAUUUUACCCGAUUCAAGAUCCGAGAUCUGGAGACAGGGACGGUCCUCUUUGAGAUCGCCAAGCCUUCUGCUUCAGACCAAGAUGAGGAGGAAGAAGAAGAGGAGGAUGGCGGUGAAGUGGACAGCAGUGCGGGACGUUUCGUUCGCUAUCAGUUCACCCCAGCAUUUCUCCGGCUCCGGACGGUCGGCGCCACAGUGGAGUUCACCGUGGGAGACAAGCCCGUGUCCAACUUCCGGAUGAUCGAGCGGCAUUACUUCCGGGAGCGCUUGCUGAAGAACUUCGAUUUUGAUUUUGGCUUCUGCAUCCCCAGCAGCCGGAACACGUGUGAACACAUCUAUGAAUUCCCUCAGCUCUCCGAGGACGUCAUCCGUCUGAUGGUCGAGCACCCGUACGAGACCCGCUCCGACAGCUUCUACUUUGUGGACAACAAGCUGAUCAUGCACAACAAAGCGGACUACGCCUACAACGGGGGCCAGUAGCCACGGCGCUGGGAGCGGAGGGCGACGGGCUGCAGCAGCGACUCGCCCCGGGCACACGGCACAUUCCCGCCCCGCUCCGCGGCUUUCCGCUGGACAGACCUCCGGAGACCCGGCCCCGGGAAGGAGAGGACGGGGUGAUAACUUUUCUCCCUCAGUGGGGGGGAGAGACUCUCAGCACGGCUAGCCUCCUCAUCCCCAGCGUUCUCUCUUCCCCGUCCCCCGCACUGUCCGUCUCUGUUCUUCGAGUCCCUCUAGGCGAAAGGUUAGGAUGAGACCCUUUUAAUCCAGUUAAAGGAGAUGUUGGUUUCCAUUUGGGCGUAGCCGUGGCCGAGCGUCUGUGCCGUUCUUCGAUGGUGUCCCCUCCCCGCCCCCCGGGUGGGCCGGCCAGCGGUCAGGCUGGCUACCCGUGCCCGGCUACCGAGACCCUGGCGGACGUCUGAUAGCGAGGCCUCCCUCUGGGUCAUUCCUGUGCCCUGUGCGAUGCUGCCAUUUUCACAGCCCGUCAUCGGGCUGGUUGCUCCCAAAUCUCCUGACGGGAAAGGUGGAGAAGGGUCCCCGGAGCUUGGGAACGCCGCCUAUCGGAGAGGGUCAGCUCCCGAGGCCGGCACUGCCUUUGCCCGUUUGGGAUCCGAUGAAGAGCCGAGGGCGGGGAAAGGAGGAUUACGGUCUUCGCGCCAGGAGGGACCCUCCUGCCUUUGUCCCAAGAGCUGAGGAAGGGACUCUGGGCCUGAGGCUGGCCUGGCUUUCUUUACUUCCCCCCACCCCCUCGGAUGUCAGUUUUGGUGUUGGCAUUCCCUUUGCUUUCUUCCAAGGGGUCCGGAAGGGAAACGCAGGCCUGAGCACAGCACGCCGGCCCUGCCGCGGCUGAUUCCAAAUUCUCCAUGCGAGGUGCUGGAAUCUGACCGUGGUGUUCCCGGUUCAUCCGCUUUGAGGCUAGCCUUGCAAAAGAAUUAACCCAGCCUCCGGGGUCUCUCCCGGACCCCAGGUGGGUAGGUUUUCAAGGAAAGGGGUGUGUCGGUUUUAACCACGGGACGCGGCCUUGGCAGGGUUGGGGCUUGGUUCCCAGGAUUUGCUGCCAAAGUUUGACUGCAAAAUUUCUGGAGACUUCUCCUGACCUUCUUUCCUCUACUGAAGUCAUUACUGGAAUUCUUCCUGGCUAUCAUACCAAAGGGCAUUUCUCUGAGCCUUGUCACUCUUGGGUGGAGCGAGGUGAGGGGGCUGAAGCACUGCUGGGGGCGGGUGGCCCACCAGAGAGAGUGCCAAGAGGUGGGAAGGGCUCCCCUCUCGAGAUGCCCCUGUCCUCAGGCUGACUUUCAUCUUUUGGGUCUCCUUCAGAUGGCUGAAUUUGAUCUUAUUUAAGAUGCUUAGGCAAAUCUUGAUAACUCUGUAAUUAGAAGGUCUCCACCUACGGCAGUAACUAUAGCAGUGAUUUAAUCAGGGCGAUCAGAGGUGCCAGCAGGAGUCCAGAGGAGGGUGGUGAUUAGAAUUAUAACAUCAGGAAGGGGAGGGAAGCAGUCGUCUUGGGCUGGAGCGGGGAGAGCGUGGCAGGGAGCGGAGCUGGUGAAAACAGGCUGCGGUGAGGCCAGUUCUCCUCAGCCCUCCCCGCCACACACACCCACCCCCAAGUUGGACAGUUAGUGCCCAGUGAAGGGUUAACCGGUUUUGUCUGUCCUGGAGGGGCCGGUGCCGGGCCUUGUGAUGGUUUUACGGUGGUUUUUCAUCGAGAAGGCCCCAGGAAGGGGCACGGAGUGAGCCAGAGAGCCCGGCUGGUCCCUCCCCUCCAUCCCUCCCUCCUGGAAAAUAAGUGAGAAGUCCAGGAGGAGCUGGGGUGGGGUCGGAAUUCAGGUGCCUUAAGUGUGAAUUUGUCCCCCAUGCUGCUGGGGAAGCAGAGUUGACUCUUCCCGGACGGGUUCCAGCUUCUGUCCUGAAGCCUCCCCAAACCCACUGCUGCGUUUUCGAGGCGACGAACCCGGGGCCGUCGCUCGUCUUCCCGAGCCCGUGGCUCCCAGGCUGCCACGGCAUCUCUGCUCCCUAACAGUAGCCACUUCAGGGAGCUUGGGGAGCUUCUCAGACUGCUUGGCCUCGCAGCAGCCUGAGCAGGUGGGGAGAGCUGUCAGCUUUGGGGGCUACAGGGCGGGUGGCUCUCGGCGAUAAGGGUCAACACAGGUGGCAUUUUUCCCAUUUGGGUCUGGUCACUGCUCCACUCCCUCCUCCGGAUUUGGCUUUCUCCAGAGGGAGUGAAACGAUGCUCUGGACUGUUCUAGACCCUCCAGGGCCCUGCCCGGCUCCUGUGCUGCCCAGGAUUGGCCGGAGACCCGUAGUUGGGCACCCAGCUCUGAGCACAAUCACCCCCACUCGGGCUCGACGGCCAGGGCCAGGCUCUGGGCUAAGGCGGGAGGGUGAGUUUGAAGUUGAGAAUCAGGGAUUUUAGGGUCAGGAAACGAGUCUUGGAGCCCCACUGUUUCGUGUGGUAAUCCAUCAACACCAAGUUGUUAGGGAGCUGGGUUGUUGCUAGGUCGGGUGCGAUGGGGCAGAAGGGAAACUACCUGCCAGAGAAGAGUGUCAGAUGGGGUCCUGGGAGGGCAAGACCGAGCCUCUGGUGGUGGUACCUUCUAGCCAGCGGGCCUUGGCGAAGAGGUGGUGCCUUUGGAUCUGCCUCCUCAUCUUCCUCUCGUCCCACAACGGAGAGAACCCUAGGGCCAGUGUCCCUGCAGAGCUUCUCCUAAGAAAAUAGUCAUCUGUUACGUAUGAUGCUUUGGCGGGGCUAAUUUGAAGGGCAGACAGCCGGGAGGAUUCAGGGGGUUUGGGAAUGGUUUGGGGUGAUCCUUCCCCCUCUCGCCUCCCGUUCCUACCCCCGCAAUCUCCUCCCCGGACACGGAGAAGCUGGCGCUCUGGCAGAUUUUCCCAUUUGCAGGGAUCUGUGCUUCCUCAGGCCUCUCCCGGGCCCUGCCCCCUCAGGUCUCCUCCCGCUUGGCCGGUCGGUGCCAUUGGCGGUGGACGCUUGGCCAUUCUGACCCGACCCUUUCAGGGAGAGGCACGGCUGCGUGCGUUUGCCGCUGGACAAAUCUAGCUGGUCGGAAGAACAUAUGCUGAGCGGUGGGGGAUGUUACCGUUGAUUAGGCAGUUCGGGAGAUUAAGUGUGCGGACGGGGUGAGUUCCCCAGGGCAGCCGUCUGAAUCGCAACUCUUUCUGGAGGGUCACCCAAGCAAGGGAUGAAGAAAGUCCGCAGAAAUCUCCGAGGGAGAAGACCAACGGCCCCAGGCCCUUCAGAGAUGCUCAGAGAUGACCCUGUCCUGAUGCUGCAGAGCUCUGCUCUCUGAGCUCCCGCUCCUGUCCCCUGCCUGUCGUCUCCACGUUACUUAGUCUCCUGGCUCCAAAAAGGAUCUGGAAAGAUCAUGGGGGGGGUUUUGCCCUUGUCUCGCAAAGGUCGGGUAAAGUCACUGAUGUCUUCAAAGUCUAUUUUUUUUUUCCUCGUAAAGCUAUUUUUCUCAGAACAGAAGCAGCAUCGAUGUGACCUCCCUCCCCGUUCUCCCUCACCUAGGAGCCGCGUCGGGCUGUGUGUAACGUCUCCGUGUCCAGAAUGACUUAGGUGACCUUAUUUGUAUAAAAUGUUAUUUUGUCACGAAGCAAUAGAAUAAAAAGGAAGGUGGUUUUUUUCACA